AUGGGCGACUUGCUAGAUCGUUUGAUAUUUAAGGAUACUCGACCAGAUCGGAAUGCUAUGGUUAAUAACUCUGGAACUAUCAAUGAUAAUAAAUUGACUGAAAACAUUUCAAACAAAACUGAUGAGGAAGAUGAUGAAUCUGACUUUGAGAAUUCAGAAUCAGAGUAUUUACUAAGUGAUUGGAAAAUCAAACAGUUAUUCACUGAUGAUGAUUGGUGUGAAAUUACGAAAGAGGUCUGUGAACAACCUUUGCGUAUUGCUAAAACGUUGUCAAGAUUUAGAAAUGAAAGAUUCAUCAAGUAUUGCUGUAUCAAGAAGAAAAAAUCAGAAACAAAUCUGAAAGGAAAGGCAAAAUUAGGACAUCAGCUUGAUGGAAUUUUACGAACUUAUAACGAUAAUGUAAAGUAUAAGGCGAUAGAAGUGAACUCAUUAUUUGUCCAAAUAAAUUCUACAGAACGACUUAAAGACAGACUCAAUAGUAUUUACACAUCAAUGACAUAUAGCAUACAACCUUGUUUAAUGGUCAUGAAAUGUAUUGAGGUCAUAGAUGAGAAGUUGCCAGAUUUAACUGAGGAGAAAUUCAUACAAGAGAUAAUAAACGGUGGCAAAUGA